UUGGAUAUAGUAAUGGUAGGCUACAGUAUUUCUUACCAUCUUCAAUUUUGACUGGAAUUGUGUUGGUCAUUGUUAAUAAGUGCAGAAUUGAUUCCAGUUCAAAAUAGUUUAGCACAAUACUUUACUCGUCAGAUUGUGCUGCUUUCCCCUCUUAUUGUAAUAAUUGCUUAACAAGCAUGAUCGCGGCAGCGGGGAUUUUUUUUUUUGGGGUGCCCUUUUUUUCGUUUGAGCACAUGCCCGCCAAAAGGUAUGCGCAUGGAUCAAUGAGUUAAGUAGACCAGACCCAGCUGCUAUUGCGCUGGUAUCUAUGGAACCACCCCCUUACGCAGACCGGAACUGACAAUUGUUUUCAAUGGUAAACGGCCUGAGUAACUUAUCUUCAUUUAUCCACCAUCUUUGGUAGGGAGGGACCAAUGAAAAUGGCGGCGACAGGGUCCGCAAGAUCCACUAGUCGAUUGGGGCAAAAAUGCAAAGCCAGGCCCGCCGAUAUGCUGAAAACUCGGACACAUUCACAGCUGCUGACUCUGGACGAGGCAAGGUGUCCGGUUUGUUCGGAGAUUUUAUUGGAGCCCGUAACUAUGCCAUGUAGCCACUCGGUGUGUCUGCACUGUUUCAAGCGGACAGUGGAAUUUACCAGUUUGUGCUGUCCCCUCUGCCGGCUGCGAGUAUCCAGUUGGGCCCGUAAACAGUCCCGGGAGAAAAGCCUAGUAAACAUCGAACUUUGGGAAAUUGUUCGAAAGAGUUAUCCACAACGAUGCAAGAGGAGAAUGGAGCAGAGAGACUGUGAGACUGGUGGAGAAGAGAUUUUCCGCUCGCCUGCUCAGGUAUCCAAAUCUGGAGAGAUCCGACUGGAGUAUGGAAAGCAACAAGUAAAGGUACCAAUGAAUGAAGAGAACGAUGAGGGGAGGAGGAAAGUCCUCCACCACAGAAAAGAGGAAUGUGGAACACUCAAGCACUUUCAAGAUCCUUUCUAUGGGUUGCUGUCAGACUCUGAGAAUGAAGAACCCAUUGGGAAGAGAACCAGAAAUGUGUCUGCGUUUGUUAGAAGAACAAAGAUCUCGGCAGACUUCACAAGAGAUGGUCUACAGACCAAUGUGGUGCAGAGAAGCCAGAGCUGUACUGAUACAGAGGAGGGAAGGCAAAAAAUAAGGGUGGCUACUCAUCUUCCUGGACUGGACAAGGCAAGUAUUGCUCACAGCUACAGUGCAGGAAUCCUUCUGUCCUCUGAGAACAGCCGAUCUCUUUCGGCACCCAUCAUUGUCCAAGACAAGAGGCGUAGCUGGCGAGGUGUCAUCAUGGCUCCAUCAACACCUUUUAUGGUCCCCCAGUUGAAACAGGAGAGGUCCAUUAGCCCAGAGAGCAAUGACAGUAUCUCUGAGGAGCUGAAUCACUUCAAGCCAAUAGUGUGCUCGCCGUGCACCCCACCAAAGCGACUACCUGACGGGCGAGUGAUGGAACCCACAAUUGUGAAGUCCACCCCCCGGAACUUAUUCCGCAGCCUGCAGAGGCCCACCAGCUAUGAAGCCAGCCCUACUAUCCUCCAGAAAUGGAAGCAGAUAGAGGUGGAUCGUCAGUCUGUCAAAGUGACCUCGAAGGGCACCUUGACCAGCCCCAUGAACAGCCCCAUGUUCGAGGACCUUGUUUUCAAACCAAGCCCCAUAGAGGAGAAGGACAGCAAGCCCUGUAGCUGCACUCUAGCAGCAAAUAAGGGAAAAGAACACUUGGGUAGGUGUGCCAAGACUGCUUGCUCUGAGCAAGAAAAUGAAAGAACUUGUAUACAUAAUAAACAAAGACUGAUAUUUGACCAGGCCAUUGGAGAGACAGCCCUCCAUCAAAAACAAUUCACAAAGUUUCAUACUCCAUUUGUACCUUUAACUAGUGAGGAGACUGUAACAGAAUGUGGGGUUUCUUCUGAGUCUAUGGUGGUACCUGAAUCACAUUGUGGACCAACCUCAAUUCAUCAAAAUCCAACCUUAGUCCCACACAAUAUAAAUGCCAGUGUUAGGGGUUGCAAACUUAAAUCAAAGGACUCACAGGAUCAGAGAAAAGAAUUGGGCAAUAGAAACUGUGCCCAGAACCAACCUACCUCAAGGAGGGGCAAGAAGAGGAGCCAGAAGACCAAACACCUAGAGGAGACAGAGUCUGGACUCAAGAGACCAAGAUCCCAGAGCCAAUAUGGUUUUAAUAUAGAGUGUGCACAGGCUGACCUGUACAUUCAACAGGUACAGCAAGAGAGAGAGGACAGAGAGCUAGCGUUGAAUCUUCAAAGACAGUUUGACAGGGAACAGCAACAAGUAGACAAGCAAAAGACCAGUCUUGACAAGUACUUUCUCCGAUCCUGCAAUGAAAACAGAAUUGAAUGCAAUCCACGCAGAUCAGGAAGAAUUUCCAAAAGGAAUGAGCACUUUAAUUGCAAUUAUUAAUUUGUUAUUCUUGUGCUUUUUUAUAUAAUUCAAUCAGCCAACUUCUUGCAUACAACAACUAUACUUCUUUUGUUGACCAGGUUCCAAAUUCAGUGCUUUUAAAGAUUAACUAAGCCCUAGCUGGUUUAUGUCAUAAAUUAAUGUUCAUUUUGAUGUAUUCCUAUUAGAUUUAGUUUCUACAAACAUGAUUUUGCUGAAACAUUUUAUUUUCUUCUCGUUUGCAGGUACUCAUGACAUUUUAAAAAUACACUACAUCAUAUUUCUGCAGUUAAUGCACUGAGAAAAAGCAAAAUAUUAUUCACGGCAUGAGGUUGUGUUGAGAUUCAUACUGUGCAGACAUUUGAAAAUCUUUGUGUUCAGGCUCAUGUAUGAUUCUGAUUCUAGCUCAGCCAAGGAUGUGGACACAAGAUCUAGCACUAUUACUUUGUCAGACCCUUCAUUCAGAUUCCCAUUAACCCGGCAGAGUAACAUCCUAUUGAUUUAUUUCAUGAUCCACAUGUUCCUUUCUGCUCCAACGAUGCACUUAGCACCUCUACGUGAUGUUUUGGGAAACACUUGUUACAUCUUUGUGCAUUAGGAAUGAUGCAUUAAAACACUCGUAAAAUGUAAGUUCCAUUGCUGUGAAAACUCCGUUUAUAUCCUUGGCUCAGCUAAAAUAUUUUGCACACAGACAGUGUCCAUUAGCACCUCAAUCGCUCUAUAUCUCAUUGCCUUUCUUAACAUAAUUUAUUUUGCAUAAUUUGUUAUUCUUUUUAGUUGAAGGUAGAUUCAACAAUGUGGUGUUACCAUGAACAGCAGGGCGUCUUGCGACACAAAGAGUUGCACAGAUGAUCAAUUAAGUCAUAUUGAUUGGAUUCUGUCAAUGUUAGAUAGUAUUUGCCAGAGUAGUGGUUAACAUUGCAGAAACCCCAUCAAUACGUUUUAACGAUCUGACAAUCUGCGUAGAACAACUGCAAUGCAGGCAGCCUGAAACGUGUGGGUGUUGAGGUGUACAGCCGCUCACACUCUAAUAUCUAGCUCCUGGUCAUUUUAUAUUGUUGAGUUAAAGGAUCAGUGUGGCCAGGUUAGAUAUACAGUGGGGAGAACAAGUAUUUGAUACACUGCCGAUUUUGCAGGUUUUCCUACUUACAAAGCAUG